UAUUUUCAUAGCAACAGUCCAUUACCGUAAUUGRUACGUCAAAUUAUAAACCUGUAUCGCGAGAAACUCAAAAUUCUACAUCGAAAGGGYCAUUCAUAUACUGGAUUCAAUACAGAGGGUCGUAUUUCGUUUCCUUCGUCAAAAUCCAAGACGUCUUACAAAUCUGAACGUUGAAGCUGUUGAUUUACGACUCGAUUGGACUCUAAAGGACUUAAGAUAUGGCAGAAAACGUCAAAGUCGCUGUUAGAGUUCGRCCAUUUAAUAAGCGAGAAAAGGCGCGAAAUGCCACCCUUAUCGUCCAGAUGAGUGGUGCAACUACCAAACUUAUUGACCCCGAAGCACCCAACGAUGAACCAAAAAGCUUUACAUUUGACUACAGCUACUGGUCUCAUGACGGCUUUGCAGAGGACGAAACUGGUUAUCUGGGAGCCGUAGCGCCCAAUUACGCAGAUCAGAGAAAAGUUUAUAACGACGUAGGACAAUCAGUUCUGAACAAUGCUUGGGAUGGCUACAACAGUACGCUGUUUGCAUAUGGACAGACUGGGUCUGGUAAAUCCUGGUCAAUUGUUGGAUAUGGUGCCAAUAAAGUCGCGCUCACACCAUCGUUGGAGUGACUUUCGURCAGAAGAACAAAAAUGCUGCAGGCGAGGAGACUGCGAAGACUUCGCUUAUCAAUCUAGUGGACCUUGCAGGAAGCGAGAGGGCCGAUUCCACAGGUGCAACUGGUGACCGCUUGAAAGAAGGAGCUGCUAUAAACCAGUCCCUCUCUGCUCUUGGCAACGUCAUUUCAGCUCUUGUCGACAAAGCAAAUGGACAGAAUGUUCGAGUUCCUUACCGAGGAGACUCGGCGCUGACAAGAUUGCUCAAGAACGCAUUGGCUGGAAACAGCAAAACAGCCAUGAUUGCAGCCAUCAGUCCAGCUGAUAUCAACUAUGAUGAAACCCUUUCAACGCUCAGAUAUGCCGAUCGUGCAAAACAAAUCAAGACCACAGCAACAGUAAACGAAGAUCCUACAGAGAAACUGAUCCGUGACCUCCAGGAACAAAACGCCAAACUUCUUGAAAAACUCAAAGCAGCUGAGUCUGGACAAGUGAUUCGRAUUGAUGACGAUGACGAUGAUAAUGACGAUGAUGGAAAAAUGUCUGAUGAAGAAAUGGCUGCACUAAGAAAGCAAAUCGAAGAAGACAUUAGAGCUUCAAUGGCAGACACAGAAAAAGCUGUUGCKGAUAUGAACAAGACCUGGGAGGAGAAACUUGCUGAAACGGACCAGGCGUCAACGGAUAAAGAGGCACAGAAGAAAGAACGAAUGGAAACUCCACAUUUCUGGAAUUUGAAUCCAGAUUCUCAGUUAACUGGCAUGAUAGUUCACCUAUUAAAGAAAGACAAAGUGAAAAUUGGUAACAAGAAGGCCGAUCCGCCGGCUGACAUCCAGCUUGCAGGUUUGAACGUCCAAAAGGAACACUGUGAAGUCACUAUCGCAGGCGACAAAAUCACAAUCACUCCUAUCGGUGACGCAAAACUAUUAAUCAACGGUGAACCAAUCACUGAAGAGGAAGAACUGGAACAUCACGACAGGGUCAUGUUUGGRUCWAGUCAUCUGUACGUUUUCCACCAUCCAAAACAAGCAGAUAAAUCAACCAUCAAAGCUGAAUCCAUAAAUUAUGAAAUGGCACAAGAAGAAAUCGCUCAGAAUUCAGGCUUCGACAUGGAGGAGGGCAGCAAUAAAGAUGCCAUGUUGCUACAGGAAGAUUUAGUAGACUUGGUUCCAAUGGUGGAGGAGGCYAACGCCAUUAGUAUGGAACUUGACAGGAAGGUGUCAUUUGAAGUGGUUGUCAUGACAGCCAAAGCACGUGGUCUCAGUGAGGGCAAAUCAGAGCCUUAUGUUUUGAUGCGUAACCUGGAGAAUGGCCUCGAAUGGCUUUGGCCGAAGAARAAGUUCAUCAACCGGAAGUACUUGAUGCAAGAGAUGUAUAGUAACUACGAGGAGGGAGAAGACUGGGCACUUCCGGAUGAACGGGAUCCAUUUACAGAAUCCCCGGAUGUCGAYUUCAUGAUUGGAUGUGUGGAAGUAUCCAUGGAGAGCCUUGGAUACGUGCUGGACAUGAGAGAGCAACUGAACAUAACUGAUUUCCGUGGAAAAGAAGUCGGUUAUUUAAAUGUUGAAGUUGUGCCUUUGGACAGCAAAGGAAAGGAGAUCACCGAGGACACAGAUCUAUUUAUAGACAACCCACGUGAUCUGAUUGGAGAGAAGUUAGACUUCGUAGUUCGUAUUACCAGCGCGAGGGGACUUCCGAAGAAAUACACGGACGUCUACUGCAGUUACAAGUUAUUCUUAGACGAGGAUCCUAAAACAGAGAAAGUAUCAGGGACAUCAAAUCCAGAUUUCAACUACGAAAGAAAGUUCCACUUUGAUCCAGUCAAUGAGCAGUUUGUAGAUUACUUGAUGAAGAAGUCGGUUGUGAUUCAAUUAUGGGGCAAACAAAUCCCAGACAAGAAGCCACUAAACAAGGCCGCCAAGGAGGGUAAAGACACAAAAGCCAUCAUGAAAGCUGAAAAUAUGAAYAAAGGAAUGGCUAAAGGUUCAAAGAAUGUACCCGCUUUGAUGAACAUAUCAGAUCACGUGACCAUGAAAAGACGCAAGGAACGCCUGGAGCUUAAAAUCAAUCAAAUACGUAAAAUAUGUGAUAGACGUGAAGAGGAGGGACAUAUUGCGGUGAAGAUCGCAGAUAUUCGCGCCAUCAUUGGAGACUCMAAUGCUAACACACCAACCAGUAACGCAAGAAGUGGUGCAACCCAACCACAAGAACGACGAAAUGAAAGCUCUGCAUGUGCAAUCCUAUAAUACUAAAUCGAAUUAGACUAGCGCUUGAUAAAGUGCAUUCGACAUAUACGUGAAACAGAUUGUUUGAAAACACCAAAAAUUUUCCAAAUUUGUACAAAAUCGUUUGUCCGUUGUUUAAGUAGUGAAAUUCUCCGUACAUUGUCUUCCAAAGUGUUUCACGGAUAUUGCGGGAUUGUCCUUCAUAACACUUGCGUAUACUUGAUUCUAGGUGGCUACGCUAUAACUCAUGUCAGGGAUAGCACUUUCACUUAAGAGAGCCCGAGGAGCCCCGGAGGUAGCCGAGGAAGCUCUUUUGGUUUUUAGUCACCCUGAAUAAUUGAACUCUGAGUUAUCCCUACUGCUUAGAGGCACACUUUCUAUUGUGAAUGGCUUGGAGAGCCACCGAUAACUUACUGGAAAGAAAUAUAUGCGAUAUGAUAGCAGGGUCUUAUAGCGUAUCGUUUAGCUUCGAGAAAAUCGCAAAUUCCUCAUACAGAUAUGAUAGGAUUUUUUGAUAAUGUGUGGAAACUUGAUUUCGAGCAAAAAUAUAAUCUCAAUUGUUCCAAUUUGAAUGGUUGGUACCUCUGCAGGAAGGGUUGUUCCAAACUCGGCGUAACAUUUUAACAACUAUUUAUUACAUAAAUAUUUAUUUAUUCYUUGGUUCACUUCCCAUAAACCCCUUCUAGUGAUGCGACCGCKAUUUUGAAUUUUGGAACUGUUGCUUAUGUACAAAUUCUAUUUUUGUUGGUACUUAAAAUACGGUAUUAUCAAUUUCCAUUGAAUUUUCGCUUGAAUGGCAGAACAGAUGAAAAUUCUAGUUUAUUUUUCAUUCAUUUUUCUUCUACUAUAACCAGUAUACAAACCUUUAUGUUGUAUUCCGGUCUUUGUACGUACUUACAAUGGCCAACCUUUAUGACGUAUCUGUACACUGAUAGAAACAAAUAAGUAACUACUAACAUUGUCACAUGAUACAGGAAAUACACUUUCCAAUAAAAACCGCUAUUUCACACAAGAAACUAUUCAAUUUUAUUAGAGAGUUUUAGAUUCACGUUUACUGCAAACGCCAAACGUCAAAUUGGCUUUUAUGCUUUGUCUCAAAAUUUCAAACACUUAAACGUAAAAACGCUUCGAAAGGGAUAGUGAAACGCUUAUGUACGAAAAAGUGAUCCAUUUUAUACACAAUCGCGAAAGAACGGAGCGUUAAUUAAAAAAAAACAGUGAUCACGUGAUCAAUUUUGCUGUAAACGCGUAUCUAAAACUCCCUAUUGACCUAGCAUUGCCGGCAAAUAAGUGGGCCAAGUCAAACUGAUGAAAGACGACAGUAUUUAAGACCGUUUCGGUCUACGGCUACUGGUGUGUGGGCACUGCCGUUUUUCCACUGUGGUAGUGUCAUUAUCUGUAUAUCCGGUAAUCUACCUGUUUCCCUCCGGUUUAAGAGGUAUUUUACCCGUAUUUACGUGUUCGGGUAUAGGGUGAUCUUUUAGGGGUAAAAAUCUUUCGUUGCCACGCCCAUUUUUGCGAGACUUUAUAAUAUCCUUUGUGGUGUUGUUGUUGUUGUUUUUUUUUUAAUGUCGACCUUCGUCCUAUCAUAAAUGGUGGUUAAUUCCCUUCCAACCAUACCACUUUGGUUACCUUAGAUUUAAUGGUUCGCUAUAAGAGACCUUUUAAAAUAGACCCCUUAAUCGCGUACGGGCCCACUAAAAAUGAACAAAUGUGCAAAUAAUUGGAUAUAAUAAAACCAUCAACGUC